AUGGUUCUUUCUUGUCUCUUCACUCCACGCUACACAGUCCUGGUUGAGACCCCACCAGAGGAACUAUUUAAGAUGCUAGGCUCCAUCCCAAAUUUUCAAAAGUAUCUAAAACGAACGCUCGAAUACCAAAUCGGCAGCCAUGUUGGAUUCCUAACCUCCCUUUGGCUCAUCAAAUUUUCAUUCCUAUUCUUUUAUAAACGAUUAGCGGAGGGAAGAGCGUGGAGUAAACUCUGGAUUUUCACAGUUGUAUUUUGCGGAUUGAGCUACAUUGGAAAUGUGGUUGGGUAUUUUUUUGUUUGCAUCCCGUUAAGCAGUUACUUUGAUACGACUUGCGUAAGCCAAACCGGUCGAAGUAAUGCCUCUCUCUACGGUGCUACCGCCACAGAUAUCAUCAGUGAUCUUUUGAUAAUGGCCAUUCCACUUCGCCUAAUCCGCCACCUACGCAUGUCAGAUCUUCAAAAAGUCGGCCUAGCCUGCCUCUUUUGUCUUGGUUUUGUCGUAGUAAUCCUCUCCCUCGCUCGCACGAUCCGAAUCAAUGCCGGUGGGUCAGGUGCAUAUCCACAGUCUGAUCCGCGGUGGGUAGCACUAUGGAGCAUUGCAGAGGAGGCCACCGCAAUCGUCGUUUGCUGUUUGCCUGCGAUCAGGAAGCUCUUUACUGUGCAGAAAGAAAGGAGAGCCGGAACUUCUGCGGCGGCCGGCUCAGGCAGCCAUGGAUCAAGAACCGUUGAAACAAUUUCAGGUGGUAGGAACAUAGGAAAGAGGUGGUCUUUGAGGAGAUGGUCUUUGAAGUAUGGAUUGAAAUCUAUGGAGUCUUCGGCAAAUAGAACGAGAACUGAUAGUAUGGUUGAGUUGGAAUAUGGGGUUUCAACUACGCCCUCAUCACCAGCUUGGCCUCUAUCACCUCGGAAGCCUGAAAGCUUGCUGACGAAGGCGCGAAGUGAGAGUUUUGAUGGGCAAGGGGGUUUAGGAGUUAUUCCUAGCCCUCCUGGUUCUUGGAGAGGGGGACCUUAG